AUGGCUGUAACGGCGCGAUGCUGUUACAGUGUAAAGGAUAAUGUGCCUUUUUCUUUGUAUUUGGUUCUAUUCGUCCUCAGUGGCCUUACAAAUGCACAAAUUCGAUACUCCAUUCCGGAGGAGCUGGAGAACGGGGCUCUGGUCGGUGACAUUGUCCGAGAUUUGGGUCUGGAUCUGAGAAAACUUUCCACCCGACGCAUCAGAAUCACAUCGGACAGCGGACGGAGAUAUUUCACCAUAAAUCACAAAACCGGGAAGCUGGUGGUGAGUGACCGCAUUGACCGAGAGACAGUUUGUGAAUUCAGUGGCACCUGUUCGCGCAACCUGGAGGUGGUAUUAGAGAACCCGCUGGAGGUGCACAACGUGGAGGUGGAGAUUUUGGACGUGAACGAUAACGCGCCACAGUUCCCUCGAGAUGAAUAUCAGCUCGAGGUGGCGGAAUCCGCGCUCACUGGGUCGCGGUUUCACAUCGAGGGAGCUCAGGAUGCAGACGACGGCUCCAACUCCGUGAAGCAGUACCGACUCAGCCCAAACGACCACCUCGCCCUGGACUCCAUUAAACCAUUUUCCAAUAAUAAGCACAUCGAGCUCAUUCUCAAAAAGCCCUUUGACCGGGAACAGGUUCCCUCUCAUCAGCUCAUCCUGACAGCUAUGGAUGGAGGCACCCCACAGCGAACUGGCACGGCCAAAAUCAAUGUCCGUAUCCUUGAUGCCAAUGACAAUGUGCCUGCAUUUGACAGCUCUGUGUACAAAGUGAAACUGUCUGAGAACUCUCCAAAAGGUGCACUUGUAAUUAAGUUAAAUGCAACAGACCCUGAUGAGGGCCCCAAUGGAGACGUUUUUUACUCUUUCAGCAGUUACACACCAGAGAGAGUCAGACAGAUGUUUUCAAUGGACACAGACACUGGGGAAAUUAGAGUGAAAAACAAUAUAGAUUAUGAGGAGACCAACUCACACGAAAUGUACAUACAGGCAAUGGACAAGGGCCCAGCGCCUGUGGCAGUACACUGUAAAGUAGUAGUAGAAGUUUUAGAUGUUAAUGACAACAUUCCUGAGAUUGUGCUGUCUUCACUCUCCAGCCCUGUGCGUGAAGAUGCCCGGGCUGACACAGUGGUAGCAUUGAUCAGUGUGAAUGACCGUGACUCUGGACCAAACAAACAAGUAACCCUGGAAAUCAUGCCCCAAUUGCCUUUCAAGAUCAAGUCCUUCCGAAACCACUACACCAUUGUCACAGCCGCCUUCCUGGAUCGAGAAGCCAUCUCGUCCUACAAUGUCACAGUCAACGCUGUGGAUGGAGGCACCCCACCCCUGUCAUCUCAGAUGACCUUUAAAGUGGACGUUGCGGACGUUAAUGACAACCCACCUCGUUUUGAACAGACAUCAUAUACAGUUUAUAUUACAGAGAACAAUGCUCCCGGUGCAUCUCUGUGUGUUGUCAAGGCCACAGACGCUGAUGCUGGAGAAAAUGCUCGCAUCACCUAUACUGUGCUCAAUGACAACAACCACGGUAUCCCUGUAGCCAGCUACGUCAGCAUCAAACCUGACACAGGUGAGGCCUAUGCCCUGCGAGCCUUCGACUUUGAGAAGCUGCGAGAGUUUCAUUUUCAGAUCAAAGCCCAGGACAACGGUGUGCCACCCCUCAGCCGUGUGGCCACAGUGUAUGUUUACAUCAUGGAUCAGAAUGAUCACGUGCCCAGAAUAGUCUACCCACCCGCCAAUGGGAGCCGCACCACAGAGACACUAAUGAAAAACGCUGAAGCAGGAGUGUUGGUUAGCAAGGUUAUGGCGUGGGACGGUGAUGCAGGGCAGAAUGCAUGGCUGCUUUAUGCCCUGGAGCAGCCCAACAUGGACAUUGAUCUGUUCAAGGUGCAUGAGCACACAGGUGAGAUCCGCACCACAAGGCGUGUCAUUGAAGAUAACUCCACCUCCUUCAUUCUGAGCGUCAUGGUGCGCGACAACGGCCUCCCGCCACUCUCCUCCACCGCCACCAUCUAUGUGCAUGUGAUGGAGCUGCCUCCAAAACUGACCCCUGACCCCAAGCGCAUUAUCAGGCCCAACAGCCCCCUAAUGUUCUCCAAUGUCACUCUCUACCUCAUCAUUGCCCUGAGUGCCACAACCUUUGUAUUUCUAGUCACUGUCUUUGUGCUGGCCAUUGUCCGUUGCCAUGCCUACUGUACCCAGCCUGGUUCCUGCUCCCCGUGUUGUGUGUCCAAGAAGAAUAUGCCAGAGGGGGGCACCGCAGCAGGUGGCGGUGGAGGAAGAGCUGCAGGUGGAGGUGGAGGUGGAGGUGGAGGAGGACAGCCGAACAACAAUGUUGCCCUGCGCCGCGACCUCAAAGUGGAACCGCAUUAUAUUGAAGUGCGGGGAAAUGGGUCUUUGACCAAAACGUACUGUUACAAGACGUGCCUCACUGCCACGUCAGGAAGUGACACUUUUAUGUUCUACAACACUGGACGGCCUCACAGUGGCACCUGGGGCUCGGGCUACGUCACCAGCCACAGUGGGCAGAGCCAGAUAUUUGUACGGCGUCUCAGUAUGCCAGAUGCAACUGCUAUUCAGCCCAAGGCGCCGAAUGCAGACUGGAGAUAUUCAGCCUCCCUGAGAGCAGGAGGUGUAAUGCAGAGCUCAGUGCACAUGGAAGAGUCCUCAGUUAUGCAGGGAGCCCAGGGGGUCCUGGUUCAGAACUGGCCCACUGCAUCCAGUGCUGCAGAUGGUGAAGGGGGAGAGGUUUCACCCCCAAUGGGUGCUGGAGUAGACAGCAACAGCUGGCACUUUCGCUACGGCCCGGGAGGACCUGGUGCACCCCCACAGCACCUGAAGCCUGGUGAGGUUCCUCCAGAAGCCUUCAUCAUCCCCGGCUCCCCUGCCAUAAUAUCCAUUAGACAGAACCAGGGAGGAGAGGACGACAAGAGCGAUUUCAUCACCUUUGGAAAGAAAGAGGAGGCCAAGAAGAAAAAGAAGAAGAAGAAGGAGAAGAAAGACAAGAAGGAUAAGGGCAAGGAUGAUGGAGAUGAGUAGAGGAGCAAAGAGCAAAAAAAGCAAAGAAGAAAAGGGCGUUGUUAAAACAGAGGUACCAACCAAAGUCCAUUGGGCAAAAAGAAAAUGUAAAAACUGUUAUAGCUUUUCCAAUUUCAUCAUAUUACCGAUAAUCACUGGUAACAUUUUAAAGAUCUUUUUGUUGUGAACCUGGCCUUACCAAGAUUUGUUUUACCUUCAGUUCCUUACUGAAGUAAAUUAUUGAUCUUGCCUUGAUAUAAUAAAUGAUACGAUACACAAUAAAUGAUAGAAUUUUCUCCACGCCCCUAUGUGCCUAUACACUCUGAGUCAACUCAUGUCAUCCUUUCAAGUAAGGAAGGACCACUCUUUGCCCUUGUCUUGAAAUUUACUCCUUUAACCCACUGGGCAUGUUGGCACCUCUGUCUUACCCCCUCCCCAACGACGAUGUGUAAACCAUUCUCUCUUAGAGGAGACAAAUACUUUGUACAAGAACAACAAAAAGCUGUGCCAGCCAAGGAAAAGAAGAAACACGAAGACUGAGACCGAUGUAUGCAGUCUGGAGCUGGACACACUAUACUUGUAAAUAGCACAGGCGAGAGUCACCGAAACUAAGGCUAACAUGACACUGCUGCAGAUUCCUCUGGUAAUUACCAACAGUGUUUCCUGAGCUCUCAAUGAAACCACAUGCACAUACGCAUGCUCACACAUUCAAACAUGCAAACACAAACUUACCAUGGCGAAGUGGACACAGAAAGCACUUGAGACCUAGAAAGAGGAAGAGAAGUUAAAAAAUGGGAUAAAGUCAACUGGUAAAAAAGAAAUGUGCUUAAAACUAGACACUGCAAGCUUUUUGCCCUGCACAGUCGCCUAUGAGGUGCACAUGUACAUCAACUCUCAGGAUGGAAGCAGCAUCCUUUGCAGUCACUCUGUAUUUGCUCACUGCAUUGAAAGGACACAAAGAGAUUCAUCUCCUGCCAGAACCCCAACUGAGGAAUGCAGAGAGCACUGGAAAGAUGGAGAGAUGGGAAGAUACCUCACAUUCUCCUGAGGAUCACAGAGGGGAGAGUCCAGCUGAGCUGGCUUGUGACUCCGCGUUCAGUCAGUGGACUCUGAUGAAACCUUACAGAAUAUUAGGAGAGAUUUUGAUAACACCGUCUCUUCUCCCCCUGCUGCAGCAAAAGCCUAUUGCUUUCUGCUUUGAAUGUUUGGUAGCAACCAGUCCUUACCUAAUACCUUGAGUUUACAAAUGCUCACCUGCUUGUACUUGCCCUAAGCUGCCACGAGCCCUCUUCUCCUCCCCAAACCGCCUUUUACCCCACUGUCACCCAUCCCACUGACUGCCUCUUCAUGUGACAAUGAAGUUUGUGAACUUUUUCUGUUUUCAUUUAUCCUCUAAAGAGAUUCAUUAUUACAUUCUGUGGCAUUUUUUUUUCAUUGUUGUUUUCUUCCUCAUAGCUUUAACUGCUUUUUGCUUGACAUGCUCACCCCUCAUUUACCCUCUAAUACUGACCCUAACCCCCAUUCUGACCCCCUGCUCAGGAUCAGUCCUGGGAAUGGCCUGCUCUGAACAUUGUGGUGUGCUGAGAACAGCAUGGAGUAAUGUGGACGAGGCCUAGGGAAUCCCAGUCGGGGGUCUGUGCCCUGAACUCUUGUCAGAUGUUUCUCAAGUGCAAAACGGUUCAGUGCUUUUAACUUGUGAAUACUACAGUAUGCGGUUCAUUUGUUGUUUGUAGCCACUGAUGAGAGGGGACCAGGUGGGAUGAGGCCGAUUACAGGGACUGUGGAGGACCGGGAUAAAGUGAGGAGACAGGUGCCGUGGGCUGGCCCUCCACCUCCAUGUACACAAGAAGAAAAGCUCUCCAACUUGAUUGUUUAGGAUCGCUGAGUCACAUGUUAGCUUUUAUGUACGCUGUAAAUGUAGCGUAGACUUUUCAUAGAUUGUCUCCACAUUAGCAAUUGAAACUUGAUGAAAAAUAUGGGCAUCUAGGGAUUCCCAUCCCAGAGCUGUAUCCCACCAAUCCUCUCUCAGGAGGUUUUGAAAAAGGGGCACACACAUGCCUCAUGACCUGCUUCUGUUGGUUCCCUUCCUCUGCCUGUAACUUGUUGCCACAUCCCAGAGUUUUGCGGCUCAGUAUGACGUCACUCCAUUAAGUGGCUGCUGCAUGUACUGCUCUAAGGAAACACAUACUAUAUAGAGAAAUAUAUAUAUAAAUAGAUAGAUGGCUAUGAUUUUAUUCUUUUGUAUUAUCAUUUUUCUUCAUUACUCGCACAGGAGAUAUUUGUAUGUACUUCUGUCUCUGCCAAACAUCUAUGUACUACAAUCUUCACGCUCCACAGAUGUUGUAUGGCAUCCACUAAACCUCUUUAGAUAUUUGUAAAUGCUAUAGUGUGAUACCUUUCAACGCAAGUUUAUUAUUUUUCUUUUACGAAAUAUGAUUUUUUUGCUUUUGAGAACAAGCAAAGCAAGAAAAAAAAAUGAAAAAAAAUCACUUUGUGUCUGGCUUUGACAUGACGAUCUAACUAACACUGUAUUAUUGUAACUGAAAUAUGUAUGAUCCUAUGAUGAGCUAUCACUUCCCUUUCACUCUUAUAAAAAGAAAAAUGACAGAAAAAAAAAUCCAAUGUAAAAAAAAAAAGUAUAUGUAGUGUAUGCUUGUGUUUAGUGAGCGUUCAUGCUGUCAUUCUUUCCCAAUGUAUGGUGGUGAACUAUGGUGGCAAUGUGCUGUCCUAAAUGGAUGAGCCGAGAUCUGUUGUAAACCCUUUUUUGUACACCCUCUCAUCAACUGUGACAGUGAAGUAGUGAAUUUCAUUUAUUUCAUUUAUUUUCUGACUUUUUAUUUUACCUAAAUGGAUACAGUGGUAAUGUGUUUGGUUUAUAAAUCACUAAUAAAGUUUUCUUUCUUAAAAACAAAA